CAUGAAAAAAUUCACACUGGAGAAAAGCCAUAUGAAUGUAAACAUUGUGGCAAGUGUUUCAGUCAGUCAAGUUCCCUAAGGGUUCAUGAAAGAGUGCACACGGGAGAAAAGCCAUAUGAGUGUAAACACUGUGGCAAGUGUUAUAGGCGAACAGGACACCUAAGGAUUCAUGAAAGAAUUCACACUGGAGAAAAGCCAUAUGAAUGUAAACAGUGUGGCAAGUGUUUCAGUCAAAAAGGAAAUCUUAGGAAACAUGAAGAACUCCACACGAAAGCAAAGUCUCAUAAUCGUCACAGCAAGGAGUGUCCUUCUAAAAGUUUUCGUUGUCAGCGUAAGCGAGCAGGAAGUAAAAGACUUGAUAUUAAGACAAACAACUCACUGACCCAGAGCGAGACUGGAUACAUUGGUGUGGUAGUCCCUCAAUCAGCCAUCAUUGAGAAACACAGCUGCUGGAUUUGUCAAGAGGAGAUGGGAAGUGAGGAUCUUCUUCAUCGGCACUAUGAAAAUCAUAUGAGACGUGUACAUGAAGAUGGCUUGUAA